AUGGAGAACAGUGAGAUUUUCAAAACAAUGAAAAGACAAUGGAUAAUUCUGAUUCCUGGAUGACAUUGUUCACUGCUAUGAAAGUCCAUUCUUUUGUGGAAACCAGCGCGUGCAAACUACCUAAAAUAUAUUAGCAUAUUUUGCGCAACUUCGUACCCAGGUCCUCAUUGAGGUAUCUCGACCUAAACGAAUACACACUCACAGGCCAGCUGAGUUCUCCAUUAAUGGCGGAUUUUGGCGGGAAAGUGAAUAAAAAAGUAAACAUAAAUAUUAAUUUGUUCUAUUGCCAGAAACUAUUCGAAAUGUGUUAGUGAUUGUUGUGUUUGAUCUUGAUUUGAAUGCUCUGAGUAAUCUCUCAACUAUGCCUCAAAAAAGUAUAGCGUAAGUAGAUGUGUAGUGUGAUCUUUUAAAUGAUUGAGUUUAAAUAUACAGUACAAAUGAAUCAUUUUUGGCAUUUAGUUCUAUUCAACGUGCUGUAUAAAGCGUGUUAAAACGUCUGCUAUAUUGCUAGGUCUUUUUUCUCAUCAAAACCUAAAGUUAAAGAGAACAACAAUGAACAGAAAAGUGACAAGGAAUCAAGGUAUAUGUAGUGUGGGAUAAAAUUGAGAUAUACUGUAUGGAGCAAUCGUUCAACCAGAUCAAUUUGGCUAACUCACAGGCGUUCGUUGCGGGAGUUAGGGUAUUAUCUGGUGAUUUAUAUGACAUGGAUGCCAAGCUUAUUUACAUUACUGACAACAAAUGCCUGUGAGGUAGUCAAAUUUCCCAGGAACCAUGCCUUCGGAUGGCCAGGCAAUAAUUAGACCUUGUUUGUGGCUGGCUAUGCCCCUGAUCAGACUUGAACCUGUUAAGGGGCAUUGCACCCUACUAUACUAUUUUGCUCUGCCCAAUGCUAGAUGAUUUUGCUCGCCGAGGGGAGAGCUCUGGUGCACAAUGGGUUUUAAAACCUUAUUUGUGGUCCUUGUGUACAAGUUCAUCCAGAUGGAUCAUCCGUUUCCAGUAUAUAAAACAUCACCUUGAAAAAAUUUAUGCACAUUUGUACACUUUUAGUGUGAAGUCUUCUGAGGAAUCCCCAGUCAAGGACGAAACUAAAGAAGACACCGAAUUUUCACCCAUCAAGAAAACAACCAAGAAAAAUUCCAAGAAAAUACUCGACAAUAGUGGUGACGAAGAAGAUGGGAAUGUCAAUGGCAACAAAGAUGUCGAGAUGAAAGGUGACCAGGAAUGUGUGAAUGGCGGGUCUGUGGAAACUGGUGGUAAGGGCGAGAAGGGAAGUAAAGAUGAGGAAGAAAAGGGAAGUAAAGAUAAGGAAGAACAGGGAAGUAAUGAUAAGGACGAGAAGGGAAGUAAAGAUAAGGAAGUAACAGGAAAUAAAGAUAAGGAUGAGAAGGGAAGUAAUGAUAAGGACGAGAAGGGAAGUAAAGACAAGGACGAGAAAGGAAGUAAAGAGGCUACAAAGAAAGCAGCCCAAAGCUUUCGAGUUCUGCUAGUAGUGAUGACGACAUACCAAAACGCAAAACUGGUAUGUUUGAUGUUGUACAUGUGUGACAAUACACCCUUCAAGAAAGGCUUCAUUUGGUUAUACAGCCUUGUUUUUGUGUUUGUGAGAUUAGUUAAUUCCAAGUCCUUCAAUCACAAAAACGAGGCUUUACAGCCAAAGUGACAUACUUCUGGAAGGGUUUUUGUGACAUACUCGCACCCCGAUUAGGUGGUUAGUGUGUUGUGUCUCUUAUGUCCAUUGAUUUUCGUUGUAGCAAGAAAACACAUGAGGAAGAGAAAAGCUAAUGAAGAUAGUUCUUCAAAUAGUGACGAAAGUAAAGAAGUAUGGCAGGAUUUUUACUAAAUUUACCAUUAGUGCAGAUUACCAAUUAUCGUACAUUCUCAUGCUGGUUUGCUGUGUAGUCUGUCACCGCAAGUGUAGCAGUGCCUUUCUUUAUAACAAUUUUCACACAUUACAUGCACAAGACCUAAGUAAUGUCUCAACCACAAAGGUGGGAACUACCAACCUGUGGCCAAAGACAAAACAUGCUUUUUCCUGAGGCGCAUCCCCAUUUCCUGAGGCACAUGCACUUGUGUUAACCAUACUCUAUCAUUUCACCAAAAUUGUCUAAAUUUCAUACUGUUCCCAGAAAGCAACAAAGAAAUCGAAGAAAAAUGAUGACGCUGAAAAGUCCAUCAAAGAUGAACAAAUGGACACAGACGAAAGUGAGGAUGAAAAUAAAACAGAAAUAAAACAUGAAGAAGAAAGAGAAACGAAAAAGAAGAGUAAAAAAGAAGUAAAAGAAAGUAAAACAAAAGGAAAGAAUGUGAAAAAAGAAAAUAAUGAAAGCAGUGACGAUGCUAAAGAUAACAAAAAGUCAUCAAGCCAACCGUCUAAAACUUUCCACAACUUUUUUGGUAAGGAAACAGGAAGAUUUUGAAGUUAGGAUUUUUAUUAUAAAAUUUUUUGCCUAUACAUACACGCUAAAUUCAAUGGACCUAUUACCUAAUGAACAAAAUUUCGAUCCAGACAACUCUAGACAAAAAUUUCAUCACAGCUUGAAAGAGCAUCACAAAAUUAGUAAUAUUCCGAAGUUUCGUUGCGAAAUGUUGUAAAAUGCGGAUAAUAUUAUUAUAGCCUUGCGAAGUUUCCCGUAUUUCAGUCAUUUUGUAUUACGCGCGGGAAAUUGGUACCGCUUUCUGAAAAAAGGUAUCAAUUUCCCGUGCGUAAUACAAAAUGACUGAAAAACGGCAAACUUCGCAGGGCUAUAUUCGCAUUUUACAACAUUUCGUAACGAAACUUCGGAAUAUUACUAAUUUUGUGAUGCUCUUUCAAGCUGUGAUGAAAUUUUUGUCUAGACUUGUCCAGAUCAAAAUUUUGUUCAUUAUGUUUCAAGGAAAACCAGCUUCAAAAUCUGAGAAAACAGAUGACUCUCCUGAAGAAAUGGUCGACUCUACACAAUAUAAUCCGCAAAAGAACUCUUACCACCCUAUAAAACACGCUUGUUGGAAACAUAAGGAAAGGUAUGCAUUAAUUCCAUAACAUUUCUCAUUCGAGUGCAUCAACUCUAUCAGUUUAAAUUUUGUUUCUUAUUUUUUAAAAUUUUCUUUUAUAGAGUUCCGUACUUGGCCCUUGCAAGAACAUUUCAAUCAAUUGAAGACACUUCUGCCAGGUUUUGAAUGUUUCAAAUAACAUUUAGUCUAAACAAGCUGUCGUGGUUUGUGUCUGAACUACCUGAAAAAGAUAUCUCAAACGUGGUGGUCCAGUGUAGGUAGUAUUCUACAAUAAGCUGUUGUGGUUUGUGUCUGAAUUACCUGAAAAAGAUAUCUCAAACGUGGUGGUCCAUUGUAGGUAGUAUUCUACAAUAAGCUGUCGUGGUUUGUGUCUGAACUACCUGAAAAAGAUAUCUCAAACGUGGUGGUCCAGUGUAUGUAGUAUUCUACAAUAAGCUGCCGUGGUUUGUGUCUGAACGAUCUAAAAACCAUUGGGAACAAUUUGACAGUCGCUAGAAACGUCAAAAUGUUUUUAUUGUUUUUUUUUUAUGUAGAUAAAGAAGAUACAAAUUCUCAGUCUUGUAGAUAAAAUAUCUUUUAAUGUUUUAAGGUUGAAAAUUACAUCGACAUUGUGCAAUUUGUUUCGUUCUGUGAUUGCUCUUACGCCAGACGAUCUUUUGCCAUGUUUGUAUUUGUGUUUAAAUAAGGUAUAGACCCUAGUGCAUGCUUUGAGAUUUUUUUCUUAAAACUCUUAGCGGGUGUGAACACACUUUGUUUUGGACCUUUAUAGUUGGCACCUGCUUAUGAGGGCAUUGAACUGGGAAUUGGCGAUGGUGUUUUGAUAAAAGUUAUUGCAGAAGCCACUGGUACGUGAUUUUGAUAAUUGUUUUCCACAUACAAAAAAAAGUAAUGAAGAUUACAGUCUAGCGAUGUCAAAGAUUGGCAAGUUGGCAAAACGAUCAUACAUUGUGUUCCCUCAUUACCUCGUACACACGUAAAAAUCUCACAACGUGUGAAAUAAGAUGUGUUCGCAACAGGUUUGUAGCAAGCUUAUCAACAAGUCGUAAUGCAACUUAUUUCGUCAAGUUGCUACAAGGUUGUUGAAUUGCAGGACGAUCUUGUAGCAAAUUGUGAACUGCAACCUUCUAAGCAAGUUGUCAACAAGUCAUUGGCAGCUUGUCAGCAAGCUGUGAACAAGCAGUGCGAACACGUCCUGUCGACAAGUUACCGGCACAGCAUUGCUACAAGUCUACUGCAGGUUUGUUACAACUUGUGCGUUUUUACGUGUGUGUACUACUAUUUUGCAUAGGUAAAUUCUAAGUUUUGAAGGAUUUGUAAGAAACUGAGUCAGUUCAAACAUUUCUUACAAAUCCUUUAAAACUUAGAAUUUACUUAUGUGAAAUUCUGUGUAAAAAAGCUGUGUAAACCAUCCUUUGAAAUAACGAAGCAUGCAUUUACGGUACAACAUUUAUUUAUUUAUUUAUCUUAUUUAUUAAAAAAACGAAACAUUUUUUAAGGUCGUAGUGCACAGCAAGUUAAAUCUGAAUUUGGAGAAAAAGGCGACUUGGGAAUCGUCGCAGAGGUAUUCUACGUUUUAACAUAAGCCAAAAUGUUUUAACUGAAUUACUACAACGAUGCUGUUUUGAACUCAUGAAUUAUUAAUGAUUUGAUUGAAAAAAUUACUUCGCAACUUAGCAAACUGUUAUCUUUUAAAGUAGUAAGGCAAGUAUGCUAGGUACAAUUAUUUCGACGUCUUUAUGUUGUUUAGGCGAGUCGUUCCACGCAGCGCACGAUGUUCGCACCGGCCAAGUUAACAGUUGCCACAGUUUAUAACAAGUUGAAAGAUAUAGCUUUGAUGACUGGCCAUUUUGUAAGGACAUUAUACUUGAUGGUGUGGUAUGUUUUGUGGUAUGGUAUAGUGUGGUGUUGUAUGGUGUGGACACUGGUAUGGUAUGGUAUGAUUUGGUAUGGUAUGGUAUGGUGUGAUAUAGUAUGGUAUGGUAUAGUGUGGUGUUGUAUGGUGUGGACAGUGGUGCGGUAUGGUAUGGUAUGGUGUGAUAUAGUAUGGUAUGGUAUAUUGUGGUAUGGUAUAGUAUGGUGUGGUAUGGUAUGGUGUGAUAUAGUAUGGUAUGGUAUAUUGUGUUACGUUAUAGUACAUGGUAUGAUAUGGUAUGGUAUAGUAUGAUAUAGUAUGAUAUGGUAUGGUAUAGUAUAGUAUGAUAUGGUAUGGUAUGGUAUGGUGUGAUGUGAUAUAGUAUGGAAUGGUAUAUUGUGGUAUGGUAUAGCAUGGUAUGGUAUGGUAUGGUAUGAUUUGAUAUGAUAUGAUAUAGUAUGGUAUAUUGUGGUAUUGUAUGGUAUGAUAUGGUAUGGCAUGGUAUGACAUAGUAUGGUAUGGUAUAUUGUGGUAUGGUAAAGUAUGGUUACUAUGGUAUGAUAUCGUAUGGUGUGAUAUAGUUGGGUAUGGUAUAUUGUGGUAUGGUAUGGUAUGGUAUAGUAUGGUAUGGUAAUUGGUAUGGUAUGAUAUAGUAUGGUAUGGUAUAUUGUGGUAUAGUAUGGUAUAAUAUGGUAUGGUAUGGCAUGGUAUGACAUAGUAUGGUAUGGUAUAUUGUGGUAUGGUAUAGUAUGGUUACUAUGGUAUGAUAUGGUAUGGUGUGAUAUAGUUGGGUAUGGUAUAUUGUGGUAUGGUAUAUUGGUAUAGCCUGAUAUGGUGUGGUAUGGUGUGGUAACGUAUAAUAAACAUGUUUUUGUCUUCCUACAGUCUGUAAAUCGUAAAGUGGACAAGGUUAAGAGCAUGUUCGUGGCAUGCCGUCAGUCUGAAGCCAGAUAUCUCACAAGGUAGAAAUGCUCACUUUAACCAUAUAAUUUUUCUCGUCCGUACAUGACCAAUGAAGAUAAAACUGAAUAUUUUUUUCCAGAUCUCUAGCAGGCAAGCUACGUAUUGGAUUGGCAGAACAAUCUGUUUUGACAGCUUUGGCCCACGCCGUCGUUUUAACACCACCGAACAAAGGUAUGUAAUAUCCUGAUGCCAUUACUCCACGUGGAAACUGCGAAACAAUCGUGAAUGCGUGUCUUUUCUGUGGUCGGAAAUUUCAACAAUGGCCAACUUGCAUGUUAGACUAAAUUUUAAUCUAAGUAAAGAGAAGGGAAUCAAACACAAUAGUUAAAAAGAACAUAAUAAAAUUAGUAAAAUAGCAAAAUUUGGUUGCGAAAUGUUGCAAAAUACAGAAAAUAUAGCCUUGCGAAGUUUGCAUAUUUUCAGUAUAUUUGUAUUACGUGCGGAAAUUGUUACCAUUUUCAGCUCAAAAAUGGUAACAAUUUCCGCACGUAAUACAAACAUACUGAAAAUAUGCAACUUCGCAAGGCUAUAUUUUCUGUAUUUUACAACAUUUCGUAAUUUUGCAAUUUUACUAAUUUUAAUAAGUUCUUUACGGGUUGCCUAAAUAAAAAAUUAGUCUAACAUGCAAGUUGUCUAUUAUAUGUUUUAUCGCCAUGCAAACAUACAAAGAACUUAUUAAGUUGUCUAUUGUUUUUCACGUUUUGUUUUUCAAACCAGAUUUUCCUCCAGAAGUGCUGGACGCCAGCAAAGGUGUAUCUGCUGAGAGUUUUAAGAAAACCCUCGACAAAGCCGCUUUGUGUGUAAAGACUUGUUACUGGUAAAUUUUCUGGAAACCUGUAAUACAGGACGCUAUUUUUCCAUUUGCAAGACGACAGUAUACUUAGUAUAACGAGUUUGUUUUGAAAUGUUUUAGUGAACUGCCAAAUUAUAAUCUCCUUAUUCCUGCCUUACUGGAACAUGGCUGGCAAGAAUUACCUCAACAUUGCCAUCUUACACCAGGUUCUGUUCUCUAAACCUAAACUAAACUAACUUUAUUUCUACUGGAUAGUUCUAUCGGUUCUAAACUGUUCUUCCUAGAGGUCCAGUAAGGAUCAUCUCUUAUUGAUCCAGUGGUACUACAGGAGGAAACCUAAACUAAACUAACUUUAUUUCUACUGGAUAGCUCUAUCAGUUCUAAACUGUUCUUCCUAGAGGUCCAGUAAGGAUCAUCUCUUGUUGGUCCAGUGUUCCUCCAGCAGGAAACCUAAACUAAAGUAACUUUAUUUCUGCUGGAUAGCUCUAUCAGUUCUAAAUUGUUCCUUCGUAGAGGUCCAGUAAGGAUCAUCUCUUAUUGAUCCGGUGUUACUACAUCAGUAAACCUAAACUAAACUAACUUUAUUUAUAUUGGAUAGCUCUAUCAGUUCUAAACUGUUCUUCCUAGAGGUCGAGUAAGGAUCAUCUCUUAUUGAUCCGGUGUCACUACAGGAGGAAACCUAAACUAAACUAACUUUAUUUCUACUGGACAGCUCUAUCAGGUGUGUCCAAAUUGUUGUUCAAGAGCGAGUCGUUAUUUGUCCAGUGUUACUACAGGACAAAACUUAACCAACUUAGCUUUAUUUAUUGAAUAGCCCUAUCAGUUCUGGACAGUUCUUUGUAAAUUUGAAAAACUAUUUUCAAAAUUUUAGGCGUUCCAUUGAAACCGAUGUUGGCACAUCCUACGAAGGGCGUGGAAGAAGUCUUUAAAAGAUUUGAAGAUGCUUCAUUCACAUGUGAAUAUAAAUAUGAUGGGGAGAGGGCUCAGGUUAGUUGAAUGACAGUGAGAUGGCUCAAGAAGUCAGUUGAAUGACAGCGUCAGGUUCUACAGUAUGUGUUAAAUACUACGUAAGGCUUGUAAUUGACUUACUCCUUGGACGUUUUCAGAUCCAUGUUUUGAAUAACAAAGAUAUUCGUGUAUACAGUCGCAAUCAAGAGAAUAAUACUUCAAAAUAUCCUGAUGUCAUCGCAAGAAUGUCACAGGUAACUGACUUCUGUGGGGAGAUGUGAUAGAGCCAUUCAGUAUAAAUGAAUACUCGAACCGACCUGACCGCGUAGCUCAGUUGGUAGAGUAUUGGGUUAGCAUUCCAAAGGUCGUAGGUUCGAUUCCUACCGUGGACAGGCAUAUUUUUCAAGCCUGCCCGGUGUGGAUAUACACUCAGAGUAACAUCACAAGCAUCUUAAUCACGUGAGUACAUUACACCAACACAGCAAAUUUCAUAAAUGAAAUCAUUUCUACAAUAAACUGAAUUGGUUUCCGGCUUAUUUUCAGGUCCUAAAGGAAGACGUCGAGUCGUGUAUCAUAGAUACCGAAGCCGUUGCAUGGGAUCGAGAGAGGAAACAGAUUUUACCUUUCCAAGUUUUGAGCACGAGAAAGAAAAAAGUAUGAAACAACACUGUGAAUUAAACGACACGAGUUGAUACUUCAGUAACCUCAACUGACUUUAAAUAUUCCAGGAUGCUGAUGCUUCAGAAAUCAAAGUCCAAGUUUGUAUUUAUGCGUUUGAUCUGCUGUAUAUGAACGGAAAGGUAUGCAUUCAUCUUGAAAUCUUGUAGUGUUAAUAAUAUUUUUAUAUUCUUACAUGACUUAUUUGUUAAUAUUAUUUUAUUGCAGUCGUACGUGAAAGAGCCUUUCAAAGUUAGACGAGAAAUACUCAGAUCUUCAUUCAACGAGAUAGAUGGGGUACGUUAAUCUGUAGGCUGUAGCCUUGUCAAUGUAAAAGUAGCACUUUCUCCUCAAUUAUUUCAAGACCUUGAGUAGAGGUCCAACGAAUGAUUGAACUCAGGUCUCCCAGCUUGAAAGGCAAGCUUGGUGACUGCAUUUCAUGUUGCAACAGAAAUUACCUUAUAUAACACGACCGUUAUAUUUGUUUUAGGAAUUUAUCUUUGCGAAAAGCAUAACGUCGACAGAUACAGAUGACAUCGCUGAAUUCUUGGACGAGUCCAUCAAAGGUGAGAUUAAAGACACAAUGGAUGCAUGUAUACAAACUGAGCCACAACACCCUCAGCUUACGCAUGGUACAAAUUCUUUCUUAGGAAACUGUGAAGGGUUGAUGGUGAAGACAUUGGAAGUCGACGCCACGUAUGAAAUAGCCAAGCGGUCGCACAACUGGUUGAAGGUAGAGCUCGUCUAACUUUUAACUAAAGCUCCCGGUUAAACGAGAACGAGAGUUGAUCGCUUCUCAACAAUUCUCAUGCAACUUUUGUUCUCGUUUGACAGGGGAAUUAGAGUUGAGAAAACUCUCAUGCAAACUCUCGCUUCUCAACUCUCAUCAAACGCUCAUGCAACUCUUGUUCUCGUUUGACAGGGGAAUUAGAGUUGAGAAAACUCUCAUGCAAACUCUCGCUUCUCAACUCUCAUCAAACGCUCAUGCAACUCUUGUUCUCGUUUGACAGGGGAAUUAGAGUUGAGAAAACUCUCAUGCAAACUCUCGCUUCUCAACUCUCAUCAAACGCUCAUGCAACUCUUGUUCUCGUUUGACAGGGGAAUUAGAGUUGAGAAAACUCUCAUGCAAACUCUCGCUUCUCAACUCUCAUCAACUCUCAUGCAACUCUUGUUCUCGUUUGACCGGGGUAUGAGAGUUGAUGAAACUCUCUUGCAAACUCUCGCUUAUCAACUGUCAUCAACUCACAUUCUCGUUUGAUCUGGGCUAACUUUAUUCAUAUACUGAAUAGUUAUAUCUGUUCUACAGUGUACUGAUCUCGCAAGUGAUCGAGUAAAGACCAUUCCUGUCUUGUUUAUUUUGUGUAGUUAAAGAAAGAUUAUUUAGAAGGCGUUGGUGAUACGUUGGACCUAUUGGUGAUCGGCGGGUACAUGGGGAAAGGCAAGCGAGCUGGUCGUUAUGGCGGCUUCUUGGUUGCUUGCUACGACGAACAGAAAGAAGAAUUUCAGUCGUGUUGCAAGGUAACAAUGGCUGUCCGGGUUUGACGUUCUAUCGCUACUUUAAGUGUCCAUAUAGGUGGGUUUACUAAGCCGACUAUUGCGCAGCUGAUGGUAGUCAACCUCCAGUUAUCAGAGCGAGAAAAUAUUACUUGUUUUCAUAUGUAUAGUAGGCUUGUAUUUGGUGGCAAAUUUAAAUGAAAUUGAGAGAUACUUUUUGUGUGUGUUGGUGUAAUCAUGGAUUGUAAAAUAACUGGAUAGGAAACUUCCUGACGUCAUUGACUCAUCCUUGUUGAAAAACAUGACGUCACGCGUAUUGCGAAUAUUACCAAAGUUCUCAGCAUUUUUGUUGUUUUGCUAUAUUUUCCACUUUAAAAGGGUGAUAUUGAAGCAUAAACUGGUCUAAUUGUUUUAAAAACAUGCCUAAGCCACGACAAAGUAUUCAAGGUAAAUGUUUUUCGUCUUUGUUUUGUAUUUUUUUUUUACAUUUGUAGCUACGAAAUUGGCGUCACAAAUUUUAACGAAAUUUCACUGUUUAGUGCUUGAAAUAUUUGCUAAAAUUGACUGGGAAUACUUAGAGUUUUCAUCGUAGAAUGGCGUGGUUAUAUUUAUUUGCUCUUGGACUAAAAUGUUUAGCUGUAUUAUUGCUAAACAUGGCAUUUUUGAGAAUUUGGUUUGCAACUAGGCUUCAACAUCCAACCACGCCAUCAACCCAUUGAAAACAUUAGGUCGCGUCAGCUAGUUUCCUAUCCAUUUAUUUUAUUAUCCAUGGUAUUAUGUACUCAGGUAAAUACGAUGGUUGUGGUGUUAUUCUGGGUGCAUCCACACCGGGCAAGGGUGAAAAGAUUGUAUGACCACGGUGGGAAUCGAACCCGCGACCUUUUUUGGGAUACUAGUCCAAUGCUCUACCAACUGAGCUACGAGGUCAACUCGGUUCGAGUUGGUGAUUUUUUGGAACAGAGUCUAGUCCCUUCAAAAAGUCGUGGGUUCGAUUCUCACGGUGGUCAGGCAAACUUUUCAGCUUGCCCGGUGUAGAUGCACACUCCGAAGUAACAUCACAAACAUCGUAUUUCUGAAGCUGUUGACUAUACCAUCAGCUACCCUGAAACACUUACAAACAGUAAAACCUGACGACACGUGAUGUUUUAGGUGAGCACUGGUUUAAAAGAUGACGACCUGGAAACUCAAUAUAAUUUAUUUCAAGAACAUAUUAUUGACAAACCUAAACCGUACUAUCGUUAUGAUCAAGGUCUUGAGCCUGAUGUCUGGUUUGAUACAGCCAAGGUAAGGCGAAUAGCAAAACUGUAUACCAUGUACAUAUCGGGGUGUAUUAACCAGCCUUACUUGAAAGCUAAGCUCUCUCCAAUAAAGGAGUAGAAAUUUGGAAUAAUUUGAACGAAGAUUUAAAAUCCAUUAAAUUUUCCCAAUUGUUCAAAAAACAAGCUGAAAUUUAUUAUCAAAUACAAGAAUAAUACAGCAUUAUAUUCUUCAUGGACUUCUAAAACAAUGCUUUCAUCAUCAUGCACUCUUAACUUCGUAUUGUUGUAUAUCUAUAUUAUUGUAAAACUAUAUCACAACUUUCUUUAAAAUUUUAUGUACUAUAUAUUAACUGGUAAUAAUAUAUAUUAAUUAAAUAUAUAUCGGUUGAAUAUAUAUCGUUUGAAUAGGGGCCUUGUAUUAAAAGUUUCUUAAAGGUUCCUAGCUCUAGUAUGACGUUAUACUGUAUAUUCUAUCUUAAUUAUGUAAAUAGGGCGAAUUUUUAAAUAAAAAAAGCUGAAUUGCAUUCCUAACCCACUCUGUCGACAUUCCCUGUGGGAGGAAAUCAGGGUACCCGAGAAACACCCACGACUUUCGUUAGAGCGUUGACUUCAUUCUCUCUUUGUUUCUUAAGGUUUGGGAAGUAAAAUGUGCCGACCUCUCAAUCUCUCCCGUUCACAAAGCGGCUGCUGGGAUUGUAAGUACAAUUUUCGAUGGUUCACGCCAUUAAACAGACCAGGAUUGAUCUGAUUUGUCAAAUUGUUUCGUAGGUUGACUCAGAGAAAGGAAUCUCGCUACGUUUUCCCAGAUUUAUCCGAGUACGUGACGACAAGAAACCAGAGCAAGCUACCUCUAGCGUCCAGGUAUACGAUAUCUCCCUGCAUGAGGGUGCCGGGUGGUGGGGGGAUGUCAUCAACACACAUAAAGAUCUCACAACUUGUCAACAAGAUGUGUUCGCAACAGACUUGUAGCAAGCUUGUCAACAAGUUGUAACAAUGUUGUUAUUUUACUCAAGUUGCUGCAAGGUUGUCACUCGCAACUUGUUGACAAAUUGUUGAAUUGCAGGACGAUAACAAGUUGUUGAAACAACUUGUAACAAGUCUGUUGAGCUCAACAACCUUGUAGUAAGUUGUCAAACAAGCCGUCGACAACUUGUCAACAAGCUGGGAACAAGCGGUGCGAACACAUCCUGUUGACAAGUUGUUGGAACAGCAUUGCUACAAAUCUGCUACAGUUUGUUACAACUUGUGCGUUUCUACGUGUGUAGACACAUUUUUUAAUUCAGGAUAUAUACAUUGUAAUCCGCUUUACAAGGACAAGUCUUUUAACACCAGUUUUAUCUUGAGAAUAUUCUUAAUAUCUAUUUCGGGGUAAAAUAAACAAUACAGGUUAACAAUAUUAAAAUUGCUAGCAAUCUAGCUUCGUUCAGAAAAAAACAAUGAAAAGCAACAAAUUGAUGAAAGCAAACUAAUGUUUACCAAUCAAAUGUUCUUAUGUACUCUUUGAUUUGACGUUGUUUGAACUAGCUUUUUGAAUGUUAAUUGUUUUUGCACACAACAAUUACUCUUAUUGAAGAGUACAAUGGCGUAUUUAAUUUGCAUUGAAUGGAGAUAAUUCAUCAAUAAAUUUUAAUUACACCCUUCCUUUUUGUCUACGUUUGAAAGUGUCAAGUCACCUCCGAGAUUUUUAAAGAAACAUUUUACCGCUUGAAGAGUUCUUUAUGUAAACAAUUUUCAAACUUUAACCCACCUCCCAACUCCAUCAUACAGUCAUGGUUAGGCAGGGGGGGCUCCCUCUGCUUCCCUUGGACUAUACUGCAAUACAUUGUGGCUGAUUUUCUUUCUCAGGUAGCCGAAAUGUACAGAAAUCAGGACACGGUGAAGAACAACCAAGCCGCAUCAGACAAAACUGCGGACGACCUUGAUGAUUUCUACUGA